AUGCCUGCGACCGACACCUCGGGCAAGUCCACAGAACCCUUAGUCUGGGUCAUCAUUCCGCUCAUUGCCGUCUUCUCCGUCGGCACUUUUGUUCUCUUCAUCUGGAACCGUCAAAGAAAAAGGUCGAGCCUCAAUCGUAACGAGCUGCCGGAAGAUAGAGUCCUCGUGGGCAGCUCCUAUAUCAGAUGCAGGCGGGGCAUGAGGUGGUCUCCAUGGUCAGAGACACGGUCAGUGGAAGGCUUGAAUGAGCUGGGCGAGGCUCCUCCGCCGUACGAUUCGAAGAAGCCUCCCGCUAUACACGAUCAGCUUGCUGAGAGGCGCGAGGAGACCGGCCAAGAGGGUUCGGAGCUGCGGGAUCUGGAGACUGGCCGACGACCGCCGGCGUAUCCUGCUCCACCGCAGCCAGUAGCUACGAGAGACCGGAGAACCUCGUGA